AUGAGUACAGAAUCGUCAUCGUCCUCGCCAUCUCCAUCAUCAUCAGAAAAGAAGACGUCUCAGAAGCAGGCGGACACCAGAGAUGACAAAGCACUGCCAAAGCUGACGCCCGCCGAGUUCAGGGUGUAUAAUAGGAUGGCGGAGCAUAUGGAUCAGUUUAAUAUAUGGUAUAGUCUCUCUAAUCGUACUGGGAUGCUCUCACCAGCACAACCAUUUCCGCCUUUCCUGGAACGAGCUAUACAACGCAUGCGCCAACAACAAACGGCCCGCGGGGAUGUCGAUCCGGCAGUUCAUCAACCGCGGGCUCACGUUCGUCUCGCAGCUAAACAUGCACCACCAGAUCGAGGAGCAGAGCAUCUUCCCCGUGCUGGCGCGCAAGAUGCCCGAGUUCCGCCGCGACGUGCACCUGCUGAAGCAGCACAGGCAGAUCCACGCCGGCUUGGACCGGCUCGAGGCGUAUCUGGAGAAGUGCCGCACAGGCGAGACGGAGCUGCAGCUGGACGAGAUGAAGCGGGUGAUGGACGGGUUUGGGACGGUUUUAUGGGCGCAUCUCGACGACGAGGUGCGGGCGCUGGGCGCGGAGAAUAUGCGUCGGUAUUGGACGGCAGAGGAGAUGAAGCGGUUGCCGAUGUAGUCGAUGAAAAGAAGAAGAAUACUUUGUGCUUGGUAGAGAUCCAGGUCCUCUAG